AGGUGCGUCCUUCAGUUGACAGGAAACUGCCCUGCAAAGUCUGUGUCUCUGCUUAGUUCAUGUCUGGAUCAGUUCAAUGCGGGGACCACCACAGUGGCACUGAAACUAUUACAUUCUUCUCAUGCAGGUACCUCCAGCACCGCCUGUACCUCUGACACCCCCAGCACCUACAGUCCUUUCAGCUCCUUCAGUUUCUUCAGUUACAAACGAGUCUGCGCAGGAAGCAAAGACUGGAGGAAAGAGUUCUCCAUCAAGCAGCAUGAACAAGAGGGAGAAGAAAAUGACCAGUUCUCUUCAGCCUUCUGGGGAGAAGGUGUCAGGAAAGGAGGGGAGCCCCGUGGACAAACUAUCCAGACUCCAGCACGAGGUGUUCACGCUCACUGAGGAGCUCAAGUCACAAAAGGAGCUGGUGCGACUCCUUCACAAGGCCCUGGAGGCAGCACAGCAGGAGAAGAGGACCAGCAAACAGUUCCUGUCAGCAGCAGGGGAGCAGGAGCGGCUGGAACUGGUGCGGCACAAAGAGAGGUGUAUCGCGGACCUGGACGGCCGCCUGGAGGCCCUGCUCAAAGACAAGGAGGAGCUGGAGCAGCGGCUGGCCAUGCAGGACUGCCAAGUGAAUGAGCUGCAGCAGCACGUGCAGCUCAUGAUGGAGAAGAACAACGCCAAGCAGGAAGUCAUCCUCAAGCUCUCCGAGCAGCGUACCGUAGCCAACUCCAUGGGCACAGAGACCUUCUGCAGGCUGCAGGAGAAGAUUGAGCACCUCAAGUGUGCCUACCUGGAGGCCAAAAACUGCCAGAUUGAGAGCAAGUACCUGGUCGUGCUGCGCAGGCUGCAGGAGAGCAAAGGGCUGGACAGCAGUCAGCAGGAGAUGGUGAAAAGGCUCAUUGAGGACUCACUGCAGGGAGACAAGAAGGAUGGCUUUAAACUCAACCCUGUCAGUGAGUAUGACGACUAUGGAUUCAAGACCAUUCCUGAUUAUGAAGUAGAGGACGUGAAGCUCCUGGCCAAAAUCCAGGCCCUGGAGAUCCGUUCCAAGAACCUGCGCAACAAUGAGAUGGUGGACAAGCCUUUGCGGACAAGGUGGGCUAACUACCUGGCCAGCCGUCCCUUGGACCAGCUGGCUCCCUCCCCAGAGCUGAAGGGCCUGAUCCGGUGUGGGAUCCCUGUGGAGUACCGGGAGCAGGUGUGGCGCUGGAUCGUGAGGACACGGACGCAGGUCUCUAGGAAGUGGAAUCCCAAUCGCUACCAGGAGCUGAGGAAGCACUGCGAGGUGUCGGAGCACCUGGCCUCGCGGCAGAUCAGGCUGGACCUGCACCGCACCCUCACCAGCAAUAAGCACUUCUCCUCGCCCACCUCCGACGCAGUCCAAAAGCUGCAGCGCAUUCUGCUAGCCUUCUCCUGGCAAAACCCCACCAUCGGCUACUGCCAGGGCCUCAACAGGUUGGCAGCUAUUGCACUUUUAGUUCUGAAGGGUGAAGAGGAUGCCUUCUGGUGUCUGGUGGCUGUUGUUGAAAUCAUAAUGCCACAAGACUACUACAGCAAAACCCUCACUGCCUCUCAGGCUGAUCAGAGGGUGUUCCGUGACUUUCUUGCUGAGAAGAUGCCUCGCCUGAUGGCCCACUUCAAGGAGCACAGCAUCAAUCAUUCCCUCAUCACCUUCAACUGGUUCCUGGUGGUCUUCGUGGAAAGUCUGGUCAGCGACAUCCUGCUCAGAGCGUGGGAUGCUUUCCUCUAUGAGGGCACAAAGGUGAUAUUUCGCUAUGCACUGGCCCUCUUUAAGUACAAUGAAGAGGACAUUCUAAAAAUUCACGACAAUCUGGAAAUCUACCAAUACCUCCGUUUUUUCACCAAAACGAUCUCUGAUGGCAGGAAACUAAUGACCAUAGUGUUUAAUGAUAUGAACCCCUUCCCUAUGAAGCUGCUGAAGAACAGACGAGAGUUUCACAUGGAGAGGCUGACAGCCGAGCUGCUGGAGCUGGAGAGGAUACAGAAGGAGUUUGUGAAAGAACAACAAGUGGAGUGCAAAGACAAGGACCUGGACACUGCUGUCAACGAAGAUGAAGAAGUAAUACAGACUGCAGUUAGCUUGCAUCACACGUCCUGACGUUAUUGAAAAAUUACACAUCACUGAUACUAUUUAAACUAAUUUGUUUGCCUUAUUAUUCCCUGCUGUGGAAUAUAGUGGGGCUUACAUAUUGUGUAUGUCACACAUACAUCUAACUGUUAUCCUUUGUCUGUUGUUGAGUAUAUAGGUAUGUCAGACUUACAUUUUUACAUGUACAGUUCGGCUCUUAUUUUGUAAUGGCGCACGUAAUGUACCGACAUACUUGUUUUAGAGUCAACAAAUUAAGUUUACCAAACCUGUCAAAAUGCAGAAUAUUAAUGGAAAUAGGUGUGUUGGUAAUACACACACACUACAUCUCAGCAGUGUGGAGUAGUGGUUAGGGCUCCGGACUCUUGACCGGAGGGUCAUGGGUUCAAUCCCCGGUGGGGACACUGCUGCUGUACCCUUGAGCAAGGUACUUUACCUAGAUUGCUCCAGUAAAAAUCCAACUGUAUAAAUGGGUAAUUGUAUGUAAAAAUAAUGUGAUAUCUUGUAAGUCGCCCUGGAUAAGGGCGUCUGCUAAGAAAGAAAUUAUUAUUAUUAUUAUCUCUGAAUGCUUGACUUCAAAUCCAGUUUAAGUCACACAUGAAAGGAGUAUGGUGGUCCUAAGCCCUCGGCUUCCACAUCACAAAACCAACACACAGUGCAGCACAAUUGGCACAAAGGAUAAACCUGUUUCUUAUCUCAUAAAACAGCCUUUUACUAUAAUUAUCAUCUGUCAGUCUCUGAAUUUCUUCAAUCAGCAGUUCCAUUCCACUCAGAUCAGUUCAGUAAAUUAAUUAUUUUGUAGUUUCCCAAGAAAACAAAAACUCAUUGGAGAUCUUGAAAAUUAAUGUCUUGAAAUGUGAUUAAUUUAGGCCAGGCUAAUCUGAACAAGUACAGAGAUUCCAGUUACUUUUCAGACCGGCAACCAGGUUCCAGAUUUUCUAAACGAGACUAUCUCUGAAAUAAACUUAUUUUUUAUGCAUUGGUUGUUUGUUUAUAUUCCUGUAAAUUGCAUAGUUCAGUUAUUGCUAAGUUAAGUGGAAGACGUUGCUUUGUUUAAUUAUGUUAAAUUGUAUGGCAAUCCUUCAUGAUUUGCAUGAGUUCACUUAGGUUUAGAGGUACAGUUUUAAUUCAUGUACCUCUGAUAAACCUAAACUAAGUGACGAAAGCAAAAACACAAACGUUUUUUACUUGAGCUUGAAAAGGAAAAAAUAGGAUGAAUACAGUGCUAUAUAUACUGUGUGUGUGUAUAUGUGUGUGUGUAUAUAUAUAUAUAUAUAUAUAUAUAUAUAUAUAUAUAUAUAUAUAUAUAAUAUUAUUAUUUAUUUCUUAGCAGACGCCCUUAUCCAUAUAUAUAUAAUUGAUCGCUACAUAUAGAUUUUUCAACGCUGGUAAAAUGUUUAAUUCAGUAAUGAUUUUAAAAAUGUUUAUUUUUUAAGGGAUGCAAGACAUGUAACAACUUUGUGUCUAAAGUUUUUAAAUGCCAACUGUUAAAUAAAUAGAUUUAUGGAUAUUAUUAUUAUUAUUUAUUUCUUAGCAGACGCCCUAAUCCACGGCAACUUACAAUUGUUGCAAGAUAUCACAUUAUUUUUACAUACAAUUACCCAUUUAUACAGUUGGGUUUUUACUGGAGCAAUCUAGGUAAAGUACCUUGCUCAAGGGUACAACAGCAGUGUCCCCGACCGGGGAUUGAACCCAUGACCCUCCGGUCAAGAGUCCAGAGCCCUAACCACUACUCCACACUGCUGCCCU